UGCAAAAGUCACGUAGGCCCAGCGAAAGUCGAAAAUAAUCGCGCGUGUUUGUUAGUGGUUUCAAAACAUUUGAUAAAAAUAUAACCUACGGAUUGCAAUGCUGGCCGAGAUUUAAUAAAUAUAAGUUAUAAACAAUGUGCUAGUGAAAAUGGAGGAUUUAGAAUUAAAUCCCAACGUAAUUGUUGUUCGAGCUAAGCCAGAAGGUCAAAGAAAAACUUUCAAACCUAAUAUUCGCUCCAUAAAUAAAAUACCGGACGAUUUGCUGAACGAUACACUAUUAAACAGAGCAUGUGAGACAUUACCACGAAAUUAUAACUUUGAAAUACAUAAAACGAUAUGGAGGAUACGAUCUUUAGGAUCGAAAAGAGUUGCACUCCAAUUGCCAGAAGGUUUAACUAUGUUUGCAACAACACUUUGUGAUAUAAUUGAGACUUUUACUGAAGCAGAUACUGUGAUAAUGGGUGAUGUUACUUAUGGAGCUUGCUGCAUAGAUGACUUUACAGCAAUUGCACUUGGGGUUGAUUUACUGGUGCACUACGGACACUCCUGCCUUAUCCCAAUAGACCAAACUAAUAACAUUAAGGUGCUGUAUAUAUUUGUUGAUAUAAAAAUUGACCCAUCACACUUCAUAGACACAAUUAAGCUAAAUUUCCCUAAGAGAACACACCUGGCUAUAGUUAGUACAAUUCAGUUUGUCACAACUCUACAUUCGGUAGCAAAGACUCUUCGAGAUGAAGAAUAUAUAGUUACAGUUCCACAGUCAAAGCCUUUAUCGCCGGGAGAGAUACUUGGUUGCACUGCUCCUAAACUGUCAUCAGAUGCUAUAGUCUACUUAGGUGAUGGCAGAUUUCAUUUAGAGGCUAUAAUGAUAGCAAAUCCAAAUAUACUGGCAUAUAAAUAUGAUCCAUAUGAGAAAAAGUUUACAUCGGAGCAAUAUGAACAUACAAUAAUGCAAAAUAAUAGAAAGAAUCAAGUAAAAAUUGCAGAAAAGGCCCAGAAAUUUGGUCUGAUUCUUGGUACAUUAGGGAGACAAGGAAGUACUAGAGUGUUAGCAAAUCUUGAGAAGCAGAUACAGAACUCUGAAAAGAAAUAUUUAAAAAUUUUGCUGUCUGAAAUCUUUCCCAGUAAAUUAGCACUAUUUAACUUGGAUGCUUUUGUCCAGGUUGCAUGUCCUAGACUUUCAAUUGAUUGGGGUACUGCAUUCCAUAAACCAUUGCUUACACCAUAUGAGUUUUCAGUCUCUCUUGGGAAUAGUAAAUGGUUGAAAGAUGAUGGCACAUAUCCGAUGGAUUUCUAUUCAAAUGACAGCUUAGGUCCAUGGACUCCUAAUUAUAAGCCAGUCUUGUGUUCAGGAACAGAUCAAAAAUGUGAUAACUGUUGUGGUCGUAAGGAAACAGGGAAAUGAAUUACUUACUGGAGCCCCUUGUGCUGAGACGGCUGCAGACUCUCUUGCUUGAGCAAAUACUUGAGAAUCCAUGAAUUUAGAUGGGAAGGUCUCUGCAAAGUUCUGAAUGGGCACAUUUUUUGUGUCCUUCCUAAAAAAGUGAAUAAGUAAAUCAAGGAAAAAUAGAUCAUCUUUUUAAGCACUAUUUAUUUUUAACACCACUAACCUGUGCAUCAGUGCAACAGAAUAACAGUAGUUGAACAAUUGCGGAUUGAGGUUAACACGUGCAUAAACACAUAAGGAUAAGAAAUCUUGAAGUUGAUUCUCAGGUACAGCUGUAAAUAAAUAAAUUAAAGAAAAUGUUAUUAUUGUA